AUUAUUGUAGUAAUGCAUACUUGAUGUAUAUAUUUAUAUGUUAUUUUGAAAAGUUAUGUUUCUCUGUCAUUUUUUUUUUUUUUAAAAAAAAAAAAAUUAGGUUGGGAUGAGUCUAAGUUUUGGGUUUAGGGUCACGGCGAGAUUUAGGACAGGUUUGGAGAUCUGGGACUGGGGCUGUAAGCGGGGUGCGGGUACGGGUCUAUAGGUUCGAGUGUAGGUUUGGGGUUUGGGCUGGGUCUGGGGUCCAAGUUUAGGUUUAGAGCCUGGGACGGGUACGGGUCUGUGUCCAGUCCCAGUCCAUUUCCGAGUCCAAAAUUGGGGUUCGUAUCUGGGAUCGGGUUCGAAGUCCAAGUCUUGUUCAUAUAAAGAUCUCAUAGUAUUAAAGUGUUUUUCAAAAAAAUAAAAAAUAAAAAUAAUUUAAGAAACAUUAGCCAAAUGCAAUUGAUAUUUUGAAAACUUCAAUAACGAUUUUAAUUGUCAUUUUUUAAAAUAAAAAACAAAAAAUGAUACCAAACAAGCAUUUAUAUUUUACGUUGUUUUUGUCAUAAUAUAUAUUCUUCUUUCUCUCUCUAAUAAUUAAGCAAUUAUGUAGUGAAAGAAAUAGUAUAGAUAAGAAGGAGAUAUUAUUGUCUUAUAAAUAGCUAUGAAAUAUCAGUUGAUGAGUACAACUAUAUAUCCAUAUAUAUUAUAAAUUUUAUGUAUAUCACCCCAAAGAAGUGCCUACCCUCCUCUGGUGGGUAUAAUAUUAUUUAUAUAUAUAAUAUAAUUAAUAUAUAGUAUUAAUAACUAGUUUAAUUAACAAACAUAUAUAUAUAUAUAUGUAAAUUAUAUAUUUGAGUUAUGAACAAUAUUCUUGAAGACAAGGGUUCGGAAUACUAGCUCAUUGCGUUUUUAUAUAUAUUAAUCGAUCGAGUAAAUUAUAAUGAACAAUCUUGAUCAAGACAAGGAUUUGGUCCCAUUGGGGGAUAAUAAUAUUCCAAAGCAAGAAGAUGGAAGACAAGACAACUUGAAAGUGGACAAUAUAUUGAAUCCAUGGGCAGCAGACUCUCUACUAUGGACUAAAAUAUUCUUAGCUUCAUGUGUGAUUGGAAUCUCAAUUGAUCCAUUGUUCCUCUACAUACCAAUUGUAGAUGAUGAUCGAAAGUGCAUCGAAAAAGACCAUAAUAUGGUGAUCGUAGCGCUUGUUUUACGAUCUCUUACCGAUUUUUCAUACGUUUUCCAUAUCUGUUUUCGGCUUCAUACUGCAUUGAAAAUGUCCAAGAAACUUCAUCAAUCCAUUUUCAAAAAGUUUCCAUGGUCUUAUCUUUUCACUGAUCUUUUGUCAAUUCUUCCUCUUCCUCAGGUGAUAAUUUUAAUGUACUUCUCGAAGAUUACUGGAUCUAAAUCUUUGACGGCAAGAAAGUUCAUCAACUUAAUACUUCUUCUCCAAUAUGUGCCUCGAAUUUUUCGGGUGUACUUAUCAACCAAAGAAUUGGCAAAGAAUUUUGACACACUCACUGGACGUUUAUGGGUCAGAGGUGGCUUCUUGUUUUUCUUCUACAUUAUUUUUGGUCAUGUGUUUGGAGCGUUUUGGUACUUCUAUUCAAUUUAUCGCGAGACAGCUUGUUGGCAUCAUGCUUGUGAAUAUUAUGGGCCAAAAGAAUGUACACUUGGUCCUUUUGACUGUCAUCUUGGGAGUAAUCAUCCUAUAAAGAAUUUAACAAAGCUAAAUCAGUUUUGCCCAAUUAGUCCACCAAAUCCAGAAAUCUUCAAUUUCGGAAUAUUUUCUGGAGCAAUCGAGUCUCGGAUAGUCAACAAAACAGAUUUUCCCCAGAAAUUCACUCGUAGCUUUUGGUGGGGUUUGAAAAAUCUAAGUUCUUUUGGUUCCAACCUUGACACAAGUAGCAAUGUACAAGAAAACUUAUUCGCCAUUCUCAUUUCUAUCUUGGGUUUACUUUUAUUUUUAUAUCUUAUUGGAAAUUUGCAGACAUAUAUGCAAUUGGAAACUACAAGAUCAGAAGAGGCUCGAAGAAAAAUAAGCAUCAUACAACCAGAAGUAGAUUCUUAUCUAUCAAACCAUGGCCUUCCAACUGAAAAAAGGAAACUCAUUAAUAGAUGCCUAAGUCGAACGAUUAGAGAAGGCAAAGAUUUUGAUGUCAAACAUCUAUUUUUUCUAGUUGAAGAACAUGCUAAUCUUGAUCACCAACACAAGGGUCAUGAUGAGACAUUUGCUGGCUGGGUAACUAAAUUAAUGAAAGUAGAAAAGUCUGAGGGGAGUACAAUGGAGCAAAAGGUAGAGUUGUGGAUAUCAAAAAAUGGAAUCCCUGAUGAUUUAGGGUCCAAGAUUAUGAAUUAUGUUCGGUUUAGAAUGCAAGAAGAAAAAGAUGUAGAUAUUGAGUAUCUUCUACGUAUUCUUCCUCCAACACUUGGAGUUUCCAUUAAGAAACACAUGUGUUUCUCUAUCUUGAAAAAAGUUCCAUUUUUCGAAAACAUUGAUGAAGAUCAUGUUUAUGAAACAAUAUACAAAAUUCUAAAGCCAGUUGUGUAUUCAGAGAGAAGUUAUAUCAUUCGAAAGGAAGAGCCUAUUGAUAUGAUGCUCUUCAUCACACAAGGUAUGAUUUGGAGUUUUGGAAGUGGUACCACUCAAAUGAAUCGUCUUCAAAAAGGUGAUCAUUAUGGAAAGGAACUAAUAGAAUGGAAAUUCGAGUCGUCAUCGUAUGAUGAUUUUCCAAUCUCUACAACUAAUCUCAAAGCCCACAACAAAGUUGAAGCUUUUGCUCUUAUGGAAAGCGACUUGAAUAUUUUACUAAGCAAAUAUUGGCUUAAGUUCUACCAUAAAAUAUAUGUUAUAAAUAAGAAACUGAUGCCUGUGGGCUUGAAGACUAUUGCAGUCAAUGCUAUAAUACAAAAUAUUAAAUGCUCCAUUGAUAUGAAAAAGAAAAAAGGAAAGAAAUCAAAUAAGUUAAAUCAUCAUGAAGUAUCAGUUGAGAUAAAUCGAUGCCCGCCGUGUCUGUUGCAAUGUGGGUUUGGUCCGCACGGAUGUUGCUCCAUUUCUAGGUGUGAAGGAAGCUCUUAGUUGAAACUGAUUGCUCAAAUAUUGUUUUAUGCCAUUCAUAGUUUAGUUGUGUUGUUUUCUUCUUUUGGCAUUGUUAUGAUCAUGAUUAGAGAUUUACAUUCUUCUUUAAGGAAUGUUUUCAUUUGUUAUGUUAAACGGUCUGUUAACACUCUUGUUCAUUGGCUUUCUCGUGUGUCGUGUUCAUUCUCUGUUGCCUUUUGGUUGAUGAUUGUUCUCAUUAAUGAAGUUCAAUCUUUCUUUUUU